AUGUCUGAUCUGAUUCAAUUGCAAAGAGAAUAUCUAAUUAAGAUAUUAAAUGAUAUUCAAUCUGAAAAUAAUUUGAAGUUUCUGAUAAUUGAUAAUGAGAUUGAACACCUUUUCAAUUACAUCUUUAAAUCACCAUCAGAAUUGCUGAAUUAUGUAACAGCAAUUGAUAAAAUUGACUCCCAAAAGAGAAAGGGACAACCUGGUGUAGAUGCUAUAUAUAUUCUAGCUCCAACAAGGUUUAAUAUUAAUUGUAUUGAGGCAGAUUUUCAGAGCAUACCUCAAAAAUAUAAAAAGGCUCAUAUUAGAUUUUUGCCAGGUUUUAAAGGUCAAUUAGUUGAUUUCUUUCAAUACAAAAGACACAUUAAUAAGAAUCUAGCCUCUUUAGCAGAAGCUAAAUUUGGUUUUAUACCGAAGGAGUCGCAGUUUUUUCAAACAUUAGGAAUAGAUAGGCCUCUGCAGAUUUUUUUCAAUAACGAAUGUCAAGAUCUGAUCCAGCAAAACAUUGAUAGAACAAUAUCUUCUCUAUUAAACUUAUGUAUCAUCACAGGUGAAUACCCAAUCGUGAGAUACUCUGAACCCUUACCAAGCCAAGUGGAAAUUUGCCAGCCAACGAGGCUAGUUAAAAAAUUAGCUAUUGAAUUUCAAGAAGCCCUAGAUAACUAUGCUCGUAACAACCAAGAUUUUCCACCAGUUGAUAAUCCAAGACCGCGUGCUGUAUUUAUUAUAACUGAUAGAACUUUAGAUUUAUUCAGUCCCUUUUUACAUGAUUUCUCCUAUCAAGCACUGUCUUACGAUGUGGUCGAUGAUAUUAAUUUAAUAACUGAUGUAUAUUCUUAUGAAGCAGAAAAUGAAGCUGGUGAGAAAGAACGAAAGUCAUCAAAAUUAUUGGAUUUAGUUGAUCCAGAUUGGGUAGAGUUAAAACAUCAACAUAUAGCUGAUGCAAACGAGUAUCUUGAAGGUAAAAUCAAAGAGAUUAUUGCACAGAACCCUUUACUUGUUGAUAGAAGUAACGUAAAGAAUACCACUGAUUUACUAAGUGUUGUUGCACAUCUGAAAGAUUUUGAUGAAGAUAGAAGAAGGUUAGUUUUGCACAGAACAUUAAUCGAAGCUUGUUUGACUUCUAAUCAUGAACGUAAAUUGGCUUUAUUGGCCGAAAUGGAGCAAAUAGCCUGUGGUUAUGGUUUGGAUUUAGAAGGCGAGAAGGUUAAAAAUUUAAUUGUACAGGCUCUACCUAUUUUACAAGAAAAAGGCCCUCAACUAACCGACAAAGUACGUCUUAUCAUCAUUUAUGCAUUAUAUAGAGGUGGCCUUAUAAAAGAAGAUUUUGUUAAAUUGUUAUCCUUUAUUGGUGUAACGACUGAUCAUGAGCAUUUUCCCAGUUUUAUGAUUCUGAUAGAAAAUUUUAAUAAAAUUGGUUUUAAGUUAUUAAAAGAUAGUCCUCGUUCGAAACCUUUUGAAAAAGAAUGGCUUCAUGAUACAAUUAUUAAAGAUACAUCUGUUUAUCAAACAUCCAGGUUUAUACCAGCGUUAGGUAGUAUUUUGUCAAAGGUAAUAACCAAUCCUCUGUUAUUGAGUGAAGAAGCGUUUCCAUAUGUAAAGGAUAAGCCUAUUGAGUUGUUAGAUGAAGAAGAGAUGGCAGCAGUUGGUGCUUCAGCGUCAGCUAACUCUUCAGCAUCGUUAAGAAACCCCAGACAUAAGGCUUCAUGGACAAAGAAUAAUAACUUGAAGUCAGCAAGCAGAAAUCCAAGACAAAGAUUUUUCUAUUAUAUAUUAGGUGGUAUUACUCAUGCUGAGAUUAAGUCUGCAUAUGAUCAAUCAGCCCUUAAAAAUAAAGAUGUAUUUAUUGGCAGUGAUGGUAUCACAACCCCACUUGGUUUCAUGCAAAGUGUAGAAUCUUUAUCAAGAGGUAGAGGUGAGUUAAAUCUCAAAGAUGAUAAAAAACUUAACGAAACCCCACCACAGUUCAUGACAGUGAAUGUGGAAGAGCCUAUCUCGCAUGUUCAUAGGCGCUAUGAAUUGCAAACUCCUAUUGUUAAUAAUUCUAGGUUAGGUCAACCUGCUAAUGAAGGACAAAAGUACGUGAUUACUUCAAAUGAUCAAUCUACUGAAAAAGAAGACAAGAAGAAGAAGCAAGGAAAAUUUUCAAAAUUAUUUAAAAAGAAAUAA